CACCGAAAUGUGCCCAUUCAACGAGCGGAGGCUGCUCGCGCGCCGGUCUCGCACAUUCGUUCCCCUCGCCACGACGGUGACACACGUACAACUAACACGACUUAUUAAAUCGAGAGUGCAAAUCGACAUCACUAGUGCUUCCAAUAUUUGAUUUCGAAUUGUGUAAAAGAACAGUGAAAAACGAACGGUUCGCGUGUGCUUUCGGUCAGUGUUCCCUCUGCUUCGUUAUAUUGAACGUUAAAAAUUCGCCGGUCGGGAUAUUUUUGUUCGAAUGAACAUGGACUUGCACGAAGGCGCUACAUCAAUGCGUUGUUCAUGGAUGUCUUUUUAACUGGUGUGUGUUUUGUUUUUAACAUAGUGAUGAAAGCGUCCAGGUUUUCCUAAAAAGCUUUUGGUAGCUACAGCCUUAGUGGUGAUGAUAGCAAUGUGUCUAACGCCGGCCGAGGCACGCACAGUGGAGCACAAGAUCCGCCACGAGAGGCGGCACGAAGGCCUAGCACAGCCCACCAAAGAGAUCUCCAGGCCCAGAACGGCCGAGCCUCGGCUGGACAAAAGACGGCCACACAGAAAAAUGACACUGACCAAAGACUCGCCUGCGUUUGUUAGACAGAGAAGUGCAUUAGCCGACCGCUUCAAAAACGCAAUGACUAAAAUUAAGAAGAAAUUAAAGAACACAAGGACUUACUUCAACGAGGAACGGAGGGUGCUGAACGAGACCAGGGACUACAGGGAAGGGAUGCCGUCCUGGUUGCCGGCGAUCAACUUUGUCGACAUACAUUUUCACAACUACCGGAAUCCACGCAGGACUAGUGCUUCGAUAUCAGAACGAAAAUUUACAUAUCUGAUGCCGAAGCUGUACAAGUCUCUAGUGGAGUUCCAAAGCAUCUUCAAACACCUGAGCCAGGUCGAGGUUAAUUUCGUGGACGACCCGUUCUACGUCUACAACAAAACACGUCAGGAUCUCUUAACGAAGACCCUCAACAGGCUCGAGAGCACAAUAUUGGAGAUCAGAGAGAACAUGAUGAGGACCCGCGUGCCGGUACCGAAUGUGGGCCCAAACAAGAACAUCGACAUGCUGAGCUUAAAAGUCGACGCGCCGCAGUGUCUCAAACAGGAUUACAUAGCGUUUAGGGCAUACGGUAACUUGCUUAACAACUGGUAUCUAGAAUUCAGAUGUCCGUUUGGCAAAAAGGUGAUAAACGACAAAAUGCAAUGCACCGCCUACGAGGCCAAACUAAAGGAGAAGAAAGAAUCGAGGAUGUCGAAAGCGAAGAAAACGCCCGCCAGUUGAUCGGAUCAUAGGAUAUUAUUUAUUGAAUGAUAUUUGUCCCUUUUGUACUUAUUUAUUAUUGUUACUGUUAUACGUAUGCUCUCUACGCGCGAGUGAUUGUUUCAAGUGCUUGACGAAACAACGUUUUGUUGAUUAAGUAUUGGGUACUUUCUCUGUGAUAUUUAGUAUUCUGUAGAUAGUGAUUGAUUAAUUUAUUGUUUUUUUUUUUUAUAGUUUUAAGCCUUCCUGUUCAGUUCCUUUGUACUUAACUAUUCUUUUGACUAUAUUGUCUACAUAGUAGCUUUUUGUUAAUCUUAAUUUAUUCGUGACUUUGACUUUCGUUAUUAAUUUAUGGAUAUAUUAUUUUUAUUAUUUUUUUGAAUUCUUUCUACUCUUGACAGUGUUUGAAACUGAUUUAUUUUCUAUGCGGAUCGAUUAACUUUCGUAUUAAUCGCUUUCAACUUUUUAGUUUUUAAUCUCAUAGUAUUAUUAGUUGGCACUGUUGGUGCCACAAUUUUAGCCAAGAAAGACUUUUAGUACUUACGUGUUAAUCUUAUUUAUGUAUGUAAUUGUUAAUUUAUAAGCGUGUUUAUAAUGUGCCGAUAGAUUUAAAUGAAUGAACUGAUACCGUAAUGUGAAUAUUAAAUAUAUACGUAUAUAUGUAUAUGUUUAAUUUUUUUUAAUUAAAAAGUAUUCAUAAUUUUUGUAAUGAAAAUUUUUGAUACAACCGAACUGUAUUUAAUCAAAAUGAAAGAAUAAAAUUGAUUCAAUAAUGAUGGUA